AUGUCCGGUCGGAGGAGAGCAGUCGUAUUUGCAGGCGCUCUUGCGCUGCGAAUCCUGCUCAUCGUUCUUUUCCCUUCUCUUCCGGACUUGUUGACGGGGAGGGUCGAAGUGUCGACUCCGGUCAAUAGCUUCAAGAGACUGCAGGAAGGCCUUUUUCUAUAUACUCGCAAUGUGUCCCCUUAUGACGGAGGAGUCUUCCACCAGGCACCCCUCCUUCUCCCUAUCUUUUCCUUGCUACCCAACGCCAGAGAUUACCCUCUACCCACUGCGUUAUUUUUCACGAUAAUUGAUCUGGUGAAUGCGAACGCGCUGGUUACCAUAUCGGACUCGAAUCAGGCGGUAUCCGGAAGACUGUAUAGUGCACUUCGCAAACAGAUUCGCUGGGAUGGGGUUGAAGUCGCUGCAUGGUUCCUGUUCAACCCCUUUACUAUCGCGACCUGCCUCGGACGAUCCACGAGUGUGUUGACUACAACCGGCAUUCUGUACGCUGUGUCCAACGCCGUUAGUGGAAACAGUCUCAAUGCCAUGUUAGCGCUUGGAUUCGCUUCGUAUCUUUCAAUCUACCCGGCCCUCUUAUUCAUACCGCUUGUUCUUCUAUGCUACGACCGACGGGCUCAGAGCGCCAACCCCCCCUCUGGAAUCGCUACUUUCUCAGGCCAACACCUAGGGGUCUUUCUGCUAAGCAUCGCCGGUUUGCUUGGCGUUUCGUGUUUACUUGUUGGCAACCUCUAUGAGUUUGUCUCCGCCACGUAUGGAUUCCAGUUGCUGGUGCCAGACCUUACUCCCAAUGUCGGUUUAUGGUGGUAUUUCUUCAUCGAGAUCUUCGACUCCUUCCGGGAAUUCUUCCUCGGUGUUUUCUGGCUUCAUCUAGCAGCAUACGUUGGAGCUCUCAGUAUAAGGAUACGGCGCCAGCCCCUGUUUGUCAUUGCAUCACUUCUGGGAGUCUUCGCCAUCUUUAAACCUUAUCCGAGUAUCUCGGAUGCGUCUCUUUAUUUUGCGCUUUUGCCACUUUAUCGACAUCUCUUUCCUUUGAUGCGCUAUACUUUCUUCGCUAUUUCCGCCUUACUCUACGCUACUCUCCUCGGCCCUGCCUUCUAUUACCUCUGGAUCUACGCCGGCUCCGGCAAUGCCAACUUUUUCUACGCCAUCACCUUAGUAUGGAGUCUAGGGCUUUCAAUCUUACUUGCGGAUACCAUAUUUGCUGCUCUCAGAGAGGAGUGGGAGCAAGACAACCCCGAGGUGCGAGGCAAAGACGUGAGACAAGUGUAA